AUGUCGGACAAGCAAAUGAAAGCUGUGCAUUACGAAGGCCCGUUCAAGGUGUCAGUCAAAGAUGUUCCAUUGCCAGAGCUGGAACACCCUGAUGAUGCUAUUAUUAAGGUGACUACUGCCGCAAUUUGCGGCAGUGAUCUACAUAUGUAUCAAGGACGUACAGCUGCCGAGUCAGGUCUUGUCUUUGGUCACGAGGUAAGCUAUACCCCACGUCCUAGAAACGAUCCACUAAUACUCCUGACCAGANACAUGGGAGUCGUCACCGAAGUGGGUUCUGGAGUGACACUGCUGAAGAAGGGCGAUCGUAUCGUGCUUCCCUUCAACGUGGCAGACGGCAGAUGCAGAAACUGUGAGCAAGGAAAGACUGCUUUCUGUACUGGUGUCAAUCCUGGAUUUGCAGGUGGUGCUUAUGGGUACGUUGCAAUGGGUCCAUACCAAGGAGGUCAGGCACAAUAUCUACGCGUGCCAUACGCCGACUUCAACGCUCUGGUCCUACCACCUGGCACUGAACACGAGGCCGACUUUGCUCUCCUUGCUGACAUCUUCCCCACUGGCUGGCACGGUCUUCAACUAUCUGGCUUCCAACCUGGUGACAGCGUGGCCGUAUUCGGCGCUGGACCCGUAGGUUUGAUGGCUGCUUACUCUGCUGUCUUGCGCGGAGCUAGCAAGGUGUUUGUCGUUGAUCAGGUCAAGGAGAGAUUGGAUGCUGCAAGAAAGAUUGGAUGCGAAGGUGUCGACUUCACAAAGAGCAAUCCCGUGGAACAGAUCAUCAAGCUCAACGGUGGAGAGAUGGUUGAUCGUGCCGUUGAUGCUGUUGGCUACCAGGCUGUCGACAAGAGUGGUAACAAGGAGCAACCCAACAUUGUUCUUGACCAGCUCAUUCAGGUCACCAGACCUACAGGAGGUCUCGGUAUUCCGGGUCUCUACGUCCCUUCUGAUCCUGGUGCUCCGGACUCGCAAUCUGCCAAAGGACAGAUCCUCAUCUCCUUCGGCAAGCUCUUCGAGAAGGGCUUGUUCCUCGGCACUGGUCAGUGCAAUGUCAAGGCUUACAACCGUCAACUCCGCGACCUCAUUGUCUCUGGCCGAGCCAAGCCUUCUUUCGUCGUUUCCCACGAAGUCGAUAUUGACGACGCUGUCGAUGCUUACGAGAAAUUCGAUAAGAGAAUUGACGGUUACACCAAGGUCCUCCUGCAUCCAAAUGGACCUUUGGACCAGUUCUCUAUCUAG